CAACACGCCGUUAUCAAAAGCAGGGCGUCACCUCACUGACCCACUAGUCUCGCCACGCAACUAGUGCAUUCUCGUCAUUGCUCGCCCGUCGACCGACCAGACUCGAGCCCAGCCCGGCAGCUCGAAGAAAACCCACGACGCCGCGAACUUUGUCUCGUCGUCGCCAACUUCCCCCCUUCCUCCACCUCCGCUCAUCCUCUCACCUCCGCCGCUUCAUCUCCGACGCCACUCGCUACUUCUCGUACCACUUCCGGUGGUGUCUGUGUGCCUGUUGCCGUCUGUGCCCCUUUCAUAGCCGCCGGCGGAAGUGGGUCGCCAGUCCAUCAUCCUCGAUAACAUUACCCUCCCCUCUGUCCAUGGCUCAUUGAUGAUGGCGUCGACGCAACACCACCGGACUUCGCCAGUCCACCUCCCGCCCGACCUUGCGGGCUACCUGCCAGAUGCAGGCUUACUGGACCACGGCGCCCCCCACCUGGCGGGCAUGAGGAGGACGUCGCCCAUCAACGGCCUCUCAAAACCUGGCGCCAAGGUCAGCUGCCUGGCAUGCCGUGCUGCAAAACGCAAGUGCAUCACUCCUGAUGCGUACACAACAUGCAAGCGCUGCUUGGACCAGAACCUCGAAUGCGAGUACAAGAAGCACAGGCGAGGUAGGAGAAAGAAGGUGCCAGAGGGUGCCGAACCUGUCCCUGUGGACGGCCACCACAUCGAUGGCAGCGACGGAGGGCGUUCUGGCGACUCGAAACACUCGCGCUCGCGCUCUCGCUCGCCUACACGCACCAAUCACUCGCAUCCCUCCACCACCAGUGUCGUCGGCCAGCCGCUCGGUCAUACACAGUCAUUCAUGCGCGAUAACACCGACCCCGCACGUCGAACAGAUAUUGCGUUCUCGCACGUCGUUCCCAUAGAAGGUGACGACUCGCAGUCCCCCUAUCUCCCUGGACCCCACCACUUGCCCGUCGACGAAUCAAUUCUCAGCCGCGGCAUCGUAGUUACGCAGCAGGAUUGCCCAGACCCUGUCCUCUUCGGAUACCUCUCCGAACAGGAGGCUUUGGAGCUCUUCGACUUCUACUUUACCCACCUCAACACCACCGUCGCCGUAUUGGACCCCGUGAUCCACACACACGAAUGGAUAUACAACAAGAAUCGCCUGCUUUACACGGCCGUCUUGUGCGCGGCAGCCAAAAUUCUGCGCCCCAAGGUGUAUGCCUCAUGUCUCCAGAUCGCAAACAGACUCCUUGGCAAGGUCAUGGAGUUUGGAAUGUGUAAUAUUGAGGUUGUGCAGAGUAUUCUUAUUCUGUGCCAUUGGAAAAAGGCAGAUGAUACCACCAGCUGGCGCAGAGUGGGCUUCGCUGUCCGUCUUGCACAGGAGCUUCGUCUUAAUCAACGAGCACCGCGUCCACUGCCCCGCGAUGAGCGGCAGGCUAGGGAAUUGCUUGCCAAGGAGCGAACGUGGCUAAACUUGAUUGUGGCAGACUACCACCUGGCCAUGCACCACUCCCUACCGAAAAUCAUUUCCGACGAUGAAAUCGACGACCCGACGGAAUGGAUUCUCGACCAUCCUCACCUUCCCACACCUGGUGACUCCCUCUUCGGUCCCUGGGUCCCUUAUGCGCGGCUCACAAAGCUGUUUUCCGACAUGCUUGCCGGCAUGAACGGUAGCCAUGCCAACGCGCGGAGCCUGCAGUGGCUCGAAAUGGAGUUCCAGCGCUGGAGAACAAAGUGGCUGGAGAAGAGCCACGAAUGGGGUUUCCAGAAACACCAGGUGUCGACCAUCAGGAUGUGUGAUGCAGUCCUCCGGUUCCACGUUGCCGAGUACCGACUCCUCUUCGCGGCGCGGUACAGGUCAAGUGGACAGAGCCUCGACCUCAAGGAGCCAGGAGUGUUGAGCCAGACGUUCGCCAACACCAUUGAAGCCGCGCUCGGCCUCCUCGAACUGUUCAUGAAGGACUUUGUCACCAACGGGUACUUGACACACUGCUUCGCAUAUGCCUGGAUUGGAUUGGCCAUUGUGUCGAACAUCAACUCGAUGGACCCCACGGACCGCGGUCGCGUUCUUCAAGCUCUUACAGAGGUUUCGGCGGCGUGUGGCAACGCAUCCAUGUCUGAAGACGACAUGCCCGCAUCCUCGCAUCGCCUUAUCAAGAACCUCCUCGGCUCAGUCAGCUCCGAGUGGCAGCAGAUGGGUGCCCCAGCUCCCGGCGCCCAUUCUUUUGACCUUCAGUCGACGUCUGUUCUUCCUGCGUGGGAUAUGCCGACGACACAAGAGAUGGUACAGACCCAGCUUUACUUUACAGGACACACUGUGUCGGCGACAUCCCUCUCCCCGCCCAACUUCAACCAAACAGCGCAAAGCGACACCAUCCUCCACGCUGAUAAUCUGCCCGACAACUGGGCACGGAGUCAUGCGCCGCACCCGAUCAUGGCGCAGGCUCAGCAGCAUCAGCAACAGCAGCAGCAACAACAGCAGCAGCAACAACAGCAGCAACAGCAACAACAGCAGCUCCACCACCAGCCUCCGCCGCACGACCCCGGAAUGCACCCCCACCCUCACGCUCCUCCGAUGGGCGCCAACGUGAUGUUCCCACCCCAGGACGACGAUAUCUGGUGUGUCAUGGCCAGGGGGUUCUAG